UUCGGCUCUCCGGGUGGCGGGGCGGGACCGCUUGUCCCCUCUUUGGGGGCCGGUCUGUUGGAGUUGGUAGCCUCUCGCCAUCCCUCCUGCAUCCUCUCGCCUCUUCCGUUCCGGGUGUUUUUGCUCCACACCUUUCUUCCCCUGUGAGCAAGGACCGGCAGUCCCUGCCUACAUCCAGCGGUUUGGAUAAAGCUAUAGGGAUAGUGCAGUCUGCAGCAGUGUUUUGAAAGCCAGAGGUUGUGUUGUGUGUGUGUUUUUUUUUUACGGUGUCAUUCUUUAGUUUUUAAAUUGUACUGUUUAGUAGACAGAUGUUCGUAUCCAUAUUGGAGGAGCCGUGAUGUUGCCAGAUCGACGAGGGCAGUUUCUUUUUUUCAGCCAGGAUCUUCAUCUGUGACUUACCUUUUCCUCGUGCAGAGUUGAAACAGGUUGACAACCAUUGACCUGGGUUGCAGCUACAGGUGGCACUGGAAGCAGACUGGUUUCCGGACAUGCCCGGUGGAAGGAGGGGCCCUAGUCGGCAGCAGCUAAGCCGUUCAGCUUUACCUUCCUUACAGACUUUGGUUGGUGGGGGCUGCGGCAAUGGAACAGGCCUGAGAAACAGGAAUGGUAGUGCUAUUGGCCUUCCGGUCCCACCUAUCACAGCCUUAAUCACCCCAGGUCCAGUUCGUCAUUGCCAAAUUCCUGAUUUGCCUGUGGAUGGGAGCCUGCUCUUUGAAUUUCUCUUUUUCAUCUACCUGCUGGUUGCCCUGUUCAUUCAGUACAUCAACAUCUAUAAAACAGUGUGGUGGUAUCCUUACAAUCAUCCUGCUUCUUGUACUUCAUUGAAUUUUCAUCUCAUUGAUUACCACUUGGCAGCAUUCAUCACAGUGAUGCUUGCAAGGAGGCUGGUAUGGGCCCUCAUUUCAGAGGCCACUAAGGCGGGUGCAGCAUCUAUGAUUCACUACAUGGUUCUGAUAUCAGCUCGCUUGGUGCUGCUCACUCUGUGUGGAUGGGUGCUCUGUUGGACGCUCGUCAAUCUCUUCCGAAGCCAUUCAGUCCUCAAUCUCCUUUUCCUUGGCUACCCGUUUGGUGUUUAUGUUCCUCUCUGCUGUUUCCACCAAGAUAGUAGAGCUCAUCUUCUUCUCACAGACUAUAACUACGUGGUUCAACACCAGGCAGUAGAGGAAAGUGCCUCAACUGUGGGUGGCUUGGCCAAAUCCAAAGACUUCCUCUCCUUAUUGCUGGAGUCUCUCAAAGAACAAUUUAAUAAUGCCACACCCAUCCCCACCCACAGCUGCCCUUUAUCUCCAGACCUCAUUCGCAAUGAAGUAGAAUGUCUGAAAGCAGAUUUCAACCACAGAAUCAAGGAAGUUCUCUUCAACUCCCUCUUCAGUGCCUACUAUGUUGCAUUUCUCCCCCUGUGUUUUGUGAAGAGUACCCAGUACUAUGACAUGCGCUGGUCGUGCGAGCACCUCAUUAUGGUAUGGAUCAAUGCUUUUGUCAUGCUUACCACACAGCUGCUGCCAUCCAAAUACUGCGAUUUGCUACAUAAAUCAGCUGCUCAUCUGGGCAAGUGGCAGAAGCUUGAACAUGGGUCCUACAGCAAUGCUCCACAGCACAUUUGGUCAGAAAACACAAUAUGGCCUCAAGGGGUGCUGGUGCGACAUAGCAGAUGCUUAUAUAGAGCCAUGGGGCCCUACAACGUGGCAGUGCCUUCCGAUGUAUCCCAUGCCCGCUUUUAUUUCCUGUUUCAUCGUCCAUUAAGGCUGUUGAAUCUGCUUAUCCUCAUUGAGGGCAGUGUCGUCUUCUACCAGCUCUAUUCCUUACUGCGGUCGGAGAAGUGGAACCACACGCUUUCCAUGGCUCUCAUCCUCUUCUGCAACUACUAUGUUCUAUUUAAGCUUCUCCGGGACAGAAUCGUAUUAGGCAGGGCAUACUCCUAUCCACUCAACAGUUAUGAACUGAAGGCAAACUAAGCUGCCUCUCAACAAUGAGGGAGAACUCAGAUAAAAAUAUUUUUCAUACGUUCUAUUUUUUUUCUUGCGAUUUUUAUAAAUAUUUAAGAUAUUUUAUAUUUUGUAUACUAUUAUGUUUCGAAAGUGGGAAGGGUAAGGGAUAUUAAAUGUAUCCAUAAACAAGGUGAUGUGAUCUUUCAUGUGUUAGUACAUUUGAAUAAUAUACAUCUGAGAGGUGUGCCUCUCCAGUAAAGAAAUUGAUUUGUU